CCGGCCGGCUCCCGGCCCCCUUGCUUCUAUCCUGGGGCCACCAUGUGCGCCUCUGCCUGCCUGCGAGGGAGAGGGAGAAAGAGGGCGAGAGAGAGGGGAGCCUGCAACUUCUCCCAUUGGCAGGGCUCGGGCAGCUCCUCCCCUUUCCCUUGCCUGCUGCUCUUUUAUAAACCUGGUGCCGCUUUCGAUCUCCCAGUCCAGCAGAUGCACCCCGUGGGCCCUCCUGCACAGAGGCCUCCCCCGGCUGUCCCUCUGCCUUGCAAGCCCGGGGUUCCCCCUGCUUCCGCCCCUCGCGCAAGCUCCAGGCUCUCCUCCCGCCCGCCCUCCCUCCUAGGCUAUGGAGCUGGGCUGGGCGUGCAGCUCCCUGCUGUGGCUGCUUUUCCUCUCCAGCCUGGCCGUCAAACUCCUGCGCGCUGACCUGUUGCUGACCCCCGGCCUGCUGCUCCAGGUGGGGCUACUGGUCCUGCUGCAGGGCGUCAGCCGAGCCUUCCUGCCCCUGCCCCUGGGCACAGCUCUCACGGGCACCGCCUGCUGGCUUGUCUUGGCAGGGGCCACACAGAGGAAGAGGAUCCCUGCGGUGGGGAGAGCCGUUCUCAUCACAGGUGAGCCCAGUCAGCAUCUCCGCAGGCUCUUGGCCAUCCCUACACAUGCUGGCUUCCCAGAAUGGAGGGAGUGGGAGGGAAGGAGGAACGUGCCAUGCCCCUGGCCUGGCAGAACCUCUCCUGCUUUGGCUGAUCCACAGAGCAGGAGGGGGACCUCCCUUGGACAGGGGCCUGUGGCAUGGGGACGCUUGCUCAGCAUCUGGACCACAGGGCUGAGUCAAGGUGGCGAGAGUUCCAAAGGGAAGGGGCUGGUCUUCCUGUGCGGCUUGGCUUCCUUGCACAAGCCAUUUCAGCGCCCUGCUGGCUGUGCAGGACGCCUUCCUGCAAAUCACCUGCUCUCCGCUUUAGGCUUCCACAGGUGGAUCUGUGGCUGGAGCUGGGCUUUGCUGCCCCUUCUUCAGGGGCCUGUUAGGUAGGGAAGACUCCUGGGCCAGGCAAAGCAGCCCAAGGACAGUGAGCAUGCCGCAAUUGACCACCAUGCAACUUAACAUUUGCACUGCUCUAUUUGUAAGGGAAAUGCAGAGAGUCGUUUCUGGGUCUUGUGUGUCAGGACUCAGCUUGAGAGGUUGUGCCUCAUCACCAGGGAGCUCUGAGCAGUCAGUGAUGCCAGUUUCCAGGAGCACUUUGUGAGGGAUGGCUCUUUGUGUGGCAAAAGAUGCUUCCAGCCCCUAGGCUACCCCCUGGAAGACCAGGUGUCCUGCAGGAGCAGAGGACGGGGACAUCCCUGCUCUCUGAAAGGGGAUGGAGUGAUGAACUGCCCCCCUCAUCCCAGGUGUUGGAGAGGCCAAGGUCAAUUUUAUUCUUGAAGUAGUGAUGAGGAGCCACUGGUGUCCCAUCCCAUCCUGGGAAACCUCUAGCCUCCAGCAGACCUUGAGGGCAUGGCAAGCAUCUCUCUACCCCCACUUUCCUCUCUGUUCCAAGUUUUGGGAAAUAGUUUAGAAACCAGCCUGGCAGGUGUGAAGCAUGUUGUUGUUCCCAAACCUUCCUGCCAGAAAGGCUAGUGAACUGAGGGUGGGCAGAGAUCCACACUCCCCCUCCUGCCCCGCAUUUGAUUGAAGCAGCAAUCUGAAACUUUUGCAGGCGGAUGGCAUCACAGUCCCUCUAGCUGAAAUAGAUGGAAGUCCCCAGCUGGUGCUCAAUGGGAAUUCCUCCCAAGGAAACCUGCAAAGGUUGGGCUUUGAGUCAGCAGCAGAAGCGAAGGGUCUUUCCCCUUCUUGAGAUUCUGGAUCGGCCAGAAGAGGAGGGUGAAGAGAAGCCCUAGGGUGUUGGGAAGAACCAAGGCAGGGCUAGGUCAAGAAGAUGGGCAGUGGGGCUGAGGCUAGCUCUGGGGGACAUGCUGGUCAGCUGCACCAUCUGCCUGCUAGAGCAAUGCAAGGGCUCUUUGCAAAAGGGGUGGGGUGGGGAGGAAAUUGGCCAGUCCUGCUGUGGAAAUAGGGACAGUCGGGAUGGGGGCUCUUUGGGGUUUAGUGUCAAGUCUGUGAUGGAGGAGAGGGGUCUGAGCAAUAUCUUGUGCCUAGUAGGGCAGGCAGUUUAUAAAAAUAAAGGGAUGUAGAUGAGCCCCAAGUAGAGAACCCGCCUUGCAGGGACAGUGUUCCUGUCUGAUUCCUGGAUGUCAGAUAGGGCUGAGAAGCACCCAUCUCUGGCUAAAACUGAGGAGCUGCUGCUGCUGGCAGUCAGUGUAGGCAAGACUGGCUUAAUGGACUUGCCUAACUUGGAAUUUGCAGUCCCUAACUGUGAAAAAUGGGAACGUCUGCUUAGAAAUCACAUAUGCUGGUGCCAGCCCCUGACAGUGCUGGCAGUGGAGAUAAAAAGAAAUCAACUGGUAGUCAAGUUGCUCAUGGUGGGGGUGGGGACACAAGCUGCAGAGACAGUGCACCUCUGAGUACCAGGUAUGUGGGAGCUACAGAUACAAGGGGGUGAGCAUCACCUUGAUGCAUUUUCUGCUUUGGAGCUUCUCUGAGGCACCCAAGCAGCAAUGGUGCUUAUCUGCCCAGUAGCCCCGCCCCCCGGAAAGUGCUCUUUGUGGCAUCUGAAAUAAUAAUAAUAAUAAUAUAUUUAUUGUCAUUGCCCCCUUCGGGGACAACGAAAUUAUUUGACUGCUCCAUAAAAACACUAAUUAAUCAAUACAGUAUAAUACAGCAAGGGAGAUUAGAUGACUUUCAAAGUCCGGGCUUCCCAUUCAGGGCCGAGAUCGCUCUGGAGAAGAAGCUGUUCUUAAGACGGCUCGUUCUUGUCUUCAUCGUCCUGUAUCUCCGUCCCGACGGCAAGAGCUCGAAGAGACAGUGACCAGGAUGUGAUGGAUCUUUUACUAUGUCCAGUGCCUUCCUAUGGCACCUUGUGGCAUAAAUCUGCUCUAAGGUGGAGAGUGGGCAGCCAACAAUGCUCUCUGCUGCCUUAACAACCCUGCACAACCCCAUCCUGUCCUGGGUAGUACAGCUUCCGUACCACACACAUAAGCCAUAAGUGAGCACGCUCUCAAUGGCACAGUGAUAGAAGGCAAGCAGCAGUUUCUGCGGAAGAUGGUUUUUCCUUAGUAUUCUCAAAAAGUACAGUCUCUGCUGCGCCUUCUUCACAAGCCCCCUUGUGUUGACACUCCGGGACAGAUCCUCUUGUAAUUCAAUGCCCCAAAAUCUGAACGUUGUUACCCUCUCCAAACACAUUUGUCACGGCAGAAGCUUUUGGGAGCUAGAGAUGCUUGAAGUGGUGUCCUGAGUGGUGCAUGUCUGCGUGUUUGAGUAUACGCAUGGUUGGUGGGGAUUGUUAACAGUGAAGUCAGAAAGAAAUGAAACACAGAAAGUACAGAUAGUGGUAAUUACCGUAUGAACAGGGUUCAUUCACAGAAGUCUGCUGCGUUGAAAACACUGACGUCCUGGCACUGGUGAGCCAAUUAACGUACGUUGUGUGAUAAGAUUCCAUACUGCUGAUACUGUCCACCAGUGAUAAAUUCUUGAAGAAUUGUAAUUCAGCGGUUUCACGUUGCAGAGUCGCCCUUUGAAGUCCAUCACUGGCUUUUGAAUAUUGCCAUUCCUGGUGUUAGAUUUGCAUUUGUUUGAGAACGUAGGGACGUAGAACGUGGAAGAGCAUUGCCUCCCAAGACCUGUCGGGGGGGGGGGGCCUCAUUGCCCAGCAUGGGCUGUGGUUUCAGUUGGGAACUGUUUUUUUUCUAUUAGGUCUGCCUUGUAAUAGAAGAUUCCUAGGUUACCAGGAGCCUUCACCACCUCCUCUCUUUUUUCACUCAGCUGAAACUGUGAUGUUUAGGUGAUUUGAAAUAACACCUAAACGACCAGAGUCACUUUCCUGGAGGGCAGUGAUGACCUCUGGACCUGCCCCAGGGGCUGGUCUUGUCUGGCCCUUUGUGUCCAUCUCUCAGUCUGUAAUGUUUUGUUGCUGUGAGCUUGCGUACAUUGAUGAUGAACGGACAUGGUUAUACCUUUGGGCUAAGCUCCCAUUGUCUGCAGGGUAUUGUUCCACCCAGAGCACACCACGAAAUCUGUUGUCACCAGUCAAGCCCUGCAAUACAUCUGUGUCUGUUUGGAUUCUCUGGACACAGACUCGCACCAGGUGUUGUGUUCUCCGAUGCUGGAGCACGGGGGCGGGGGGCGGGGCGGGCAAGCAAGACUGGAGGCUGGUCAAAGUUUGCUGGACCAGUUUGUAAAAAAAUAAAUAAAUCAGGCAGGCAGGAUAUAAAUUUUAUAAAAUGAAUAAAUGUAUAAGCUCCAGAGCCUGGAAGGGCCAACCCUGGGGCUGAAGACAGGCCCUCCUUCCUUUGUUCCAUAGCUUUCUUCCCGGCACUUCCCGACUGGUGAUGUGGGUGGGAGACACCUGGUUCUUCCAUCUCAGAGGAAGGUGUCUUUGAGGGUCCAGGAUCUAGCCCUAUAGUCCCGGGGCUUCUGGAAGGUUUCUCUUGAGAGUUCUUGGCAUUUCCUGGGGACAGGGAGGAAAGUGUUAGAAAGCUAACAGGAGAGCCUGUGAUAGAGAUAGGAUUGACGAUAACCAGGAAUGAGCUUUCAAGAUACAUUUUUAUUUUUCCACCAAUGUCACUUGCUUCUGUUCUUCUCCUUUCCAUGCUGACCUGUCACAGGCUUUAGAUCCUCUCUGAUCCUGUAGCAGCCUCUGCCCUUUUAUGAAAAAGUUGGCAAUGGGGGGCACAGUUAUAACCCAGUUCCACACACCAGGGAGGCCUCCUGUAUCCAGGCUGGAUGCUGGGCCCUUGUGCCCGGGUGAGCUCUCACAAGGAGGAGGAAUUCCUACUGGCACUUGCUUCUCUCCAGGCAGUUCAGCAAGGUCCAUGGGGUGGUGAGUGGGGGGUGGUUGGACGCAGCUGUUCAAGCCCUUCCGCUUGAGCCUCCCUGAUGCAGAGUUCCUCACUGGAGAGGGAUUCCAUACUCUGCUUGUUGCAAGUACUUUGCCUGCUGCCAGAUUAGGGGUGGUCCCUUGGUCUUCCCUUGCUUUUUCAUACCCCUCCUCAACCAUCUUGCCAAAAAUCUUGCAUGUCAAAAUCUGGAAGUUGCUUCUAGGUCACCUCUUUUUUCUUCCAACUCUUGCAUCCUAGUUAGUCUUCCGUGCAUCACUUGAGGAAACCCCCAGAGAUCAUUCUGUUUCCACAUGCUUCCAAACAUUUAUUUGACCUGUUGCUGCCUUUGGUCCAACAGGUCUGGCAGGUUUUUGAAACCAUCAAAGAAUCUGUGCAACCUGUUUGACCAGAGGCAAAAGUGGGGUGGGCACACAGACCACAUGCAGUGAUGCCUAUUUCAACCAGCCUUUCACUCUUUGAAAAAACAGCCCUCUGCCUGGGCUUCAGGUGGCCCCCUCACUUGCCAGGGGACUUCAUCCAGUUCACUUGAGGUUGACUCAGUGAGCACAGCAGGAGCUACCCUGUCCUUCCCAUGACUUCCUCUUGCCUCAGAGCCUUCUCUACCCUCUGUGGUGGGGAUGGAGAACUCAGGCUCCGAAUGCCAAAGGAUGUCUAAAUGUGAAAAUAAACACCGUUCCUGCUGAUGCAUCAAAUAACAUUUCAUGGGACACUUAAGAUUGCUAUGGGCCAUGAAGGGACACGCAAAUAUUUGCUAUAUCUGAAGACUAAGAAGAAAAGAAUGAGGGUACGCCGGGGUGUCUGGGUGUGGGUGCUGUUCUCAAAUCCCAAUUAAGUUUCCAGGGCUGUGUAAGCUGGUGUCAUUUUUGUAAGCUGCUUUGGGUCCAAUAUUGAUAGAGAUAAGUAGGAUAUAAGUUGCUAAAAUUUAAAAUAAAAUCAGAAACUAAUGUUCGAAGCAGAUCUUGUUUCAUAAAAACAAAGUAUGAACUCAUGGCUAGCAACUAGCAGCUCCACAUUUGCAAAGCUCAGGUUCCAGAGCAUCCCUUUGUGAAAAGAUUAGGAUUUUGUAACAUUCUUGGGUACAACAACACCCCACUUUUAGGGAGCCUCCUGGAGCCAUGGAGAAGCAGUGGUGAGAUAGCCUGAUUCAGUCAGUCCCAGGUAGAUGGAGGUCCCACAAUCUCUCCUGUUUCCCCUUGAGCAGUGCAAGCUCUCCUUGCAGAUACCGCUGCGCUAGUGCUGCAAACAACUGAACAGGCCAGAGCCCUGACUUGGCCUCCCUGUGUGUGUGCCUGCCUGCCAGUUUUGGACAAGGAAGGAAGGAGCUGAGGCUGGGAAGAAGCCCCUUUUGACAAGGGGCCAGAGCCCAAGGUAGUGUAAACCUAAACAAGUCACUCUUUGGAGCCAUCAGCAUCAGGACCACAAGCCCUCCUUGUCUCACUCCAGAACAGAAGGAUGGAGGCAGCUGGGAAGAUCUUGAGAUGCUUCUUGGUAAGUGAAGCAUUCUGAUGCCUCUUUUUGCACAGUCUGAUCUUAGCCACCCACAGCCCACCAGCCCCUCAAUCAUUCUGGCCCACAAAACCAGACAAAGGCUGGUUGGUGCUCACACCAUGAGGCUGACACUGAGAGGAGGGCUCGGCAGUGGCCCACCAUGACGCAGCGAGCACAGUUUUCUCUGGAGAGUCAGCAGUUGGGGGAGAAGCUGCACAUUUCAUGGGAGAGCCACGAGGGAAUCUCUUGGUCUUUUCAUUCCAGUACGACUGCAAGUGUUGGUGUGCAGGCUCUGACUUUGAUCGUAUGCUUGCAGGUGGUGGGGAUGCUUAACUCUUCCCUCAUCAAAAUUGCUCCCUUAGAUCAGGUCUAAGUCCCAUGGAGAGAAGAUUGUAUUUCUUCCUCCCACCCCCAGCAGCAUUUUUUUGGGGGGGGUGUCACAUCAGGCAUUCAGCCCCCCCCUUCUCCAUAACUGCUCAAUUAAACAUGUCUGAGCCAUCACCUCAAGAGAGUGGGGUGCUUUCCGUGACUUAAUGUGUCAGAGUGCAAGCCCCACAUUUUCUGAGCACUGUAAGACACCAGUGAUGGUUCCUUCGUCCUUCCUUCCUCCCCUCCCCUUCACAACUGUGGCAUUUAUUCCUGUCCCAGUGCAACUGAGGGAGAUCAGCUGGGCCCCCUGGAAGGCAGGGAGGGGCACCCAGUCCAGGAGAGGCCGGGCUGACUUUGGGCAGGCUAUCUGCCUGGGCACUUGCAUAUCUUGGUCUCCUCUCUAGCCAGAGAGAUGGAAAUGAAUUGUGAAUACUGCCAGGGAGGAGGGGAUCAGAGGCAUCGUCUCUGCCAGGGCUGAGUGGCUCUCUCUUCUCUACUGCUCUGAUGGCAGGAGACAGCGACUGCAUCCUUCACAUGUGCACAUUGGGGCGCCUCCCUCCACACAUGAGCACUUUCAGUUUUAUGCCUCCAAAAUCUGUCCCAGUGUUUCUGCAGUGUUUCUAGUGUGUGGCUCACGGAAGAUGGGCUCAUGCUACGUGUGGCUGUCCCCGCCCUUCAGUUGGCACUUCCCCACCCAUCAGCAGUUCCAGAAACCUGAGGUUGCUUGUGGGCACGCAUACAGGUACUUUGUUUACUUUUUUUUUAAAAAAAAGUAAUACAAGUUUCCUGAUAUGCCAGAGCAGUAGAAAAAAAAGAACGUGCCCGUCUGGCUUUGAGUCAGGCCAGAAUUUGAAGCUACUCCUCUGAAAGGCCUGCCCCUUCCUUUCCUCCCCUUUUGCUUUUUCCGUCUCCGGCACCUGCAAGGGCAGAUUUUAUUAUUAUUUUUCCAUAUUAUUUUCAAGCGCAGUUCUGUGCAAGUGAGCUGCUUGAAAAUAAAAAUAACCACAAACAUGACUUCAGCAACAAGAGGUGAAAAAGGCAGGCUGCAUCAAUUCCUUUAGGUUGAUGGAAGCAUAAUGGCAGGCGAAAUGUCAGCCACGCACGCUGGAAAAAACACCCAUCCACACAAUGUACGUCCACAGUCCGGUAAUAUGUGAUUUUAUAUUGAAUUUUCUACCCUAAUCAGAUUGGAUUAAUUGGAUGAGGAGAAUUGUGCGUACAUUACAAAAUACUUAAAACAACAGAGACACGAGCAGCUUCAAAUGCAUAUAAAUCUCCAUUGUGGACAAGCCAAAAAGCCUAUCAUCAUCAUCAUCAUCAUCAUCAUCAUCAUUUUGACAGGAUGAGGUGUUCACUGCAAACUAGAAUAAAGUGUGUGUUCAAAUUACUACAGAUGGCUGCUGUGUUCCAUGGGACCCCCUCCCCCACUUUGAAUUUCCCCUGUCCAGUGCUGGAGUUUUGCUUCUGAUUCAGCUUUAUGGUGGAGCUACAUGAUAGCAUCCAAAGGCAAGUCAAUUGAGGGUAAGGGGCUCCUUCCUCCUCCACUCUGGGAAGGAAAUGAUGGCUGGGAGUCCUUGCCAUUGCUGCCAGGGUUGAAAUAGGAGCAAAACUGUGGCCAGCUGUACACAAAGAGGGUGUAAAGUCUUUCUCUCCUCUCUGCUAUCAAGGCUCCCUCUUGGAGCUGAAUAGAAUAUUUGGCUCUUUUACCCUGGCUUUGAAUAGAAAUUCUGGGCUGUGGUGCCCUCCAGCUCAAAGUUUGACCCAAUUGGACCAGAGCCCAACAUAUCUGCACUUGUGAGUCCAGUGGAGAAGAUGUGAGGCCUGCUUGUCUUGGCUAUUUGGAAUGGGCAUCUUGCAGUAGAAGAGUCACUUGGCUUUGCAGCUUUCUCAACAGGGGCCCGAGCUUAGUUUCACUCAUACUUAGAAAUGAGUUUUGAGUCACUUUAGGGAGACACCCAGGUUUCAUUCUUGGCCUUUCCCAUUCAUGCUCAAGGACACUUUGGUUGAGAGAGACCUCUUAGUUUUCAGCCACAGAAGGAACAGGUUAAAAUUCCCAUCAUGGGUCAAGCCCACAGUGUGGUUACUGGUGGAUGAAGAAUUGAUGUCACCAACAAACGUUCGAAUCUUUCAUCUUAAGUUAGCUGGUGUUCUCAUGCGCAAUUCUGAGAUGGUUUAGAAAAAACAGGACAAAUUUGUCCAAUUUGGGCAGUUUCUGUGGUCAACAUGUUUCAGUUUAAAAAUGGAUGAUCCAAAACAGUGGUAAAAUCAGUAAAUUCUAGGAUCUGAUGCCCCUGGGGAUCCAUCAGAGCUUGCACUGCCCUGGUUCCCAUCAAACUAAACUAUGCUUGUAAGCUUCCUUUUAAAUAGGUGCCUUGUUCUCGUUGCUUCAUCAGGUUCAAGCUCUUGUUUGCUAACUACUGAUGGAAGUGUUGCAGUGUUUGGUUAAGGAACUCUUACUUGAACUUCUGUUCUUUUGUGCUUCCUUUGUUUGUUUGAAUUAAGCUUAGUCUAUUGUAAAACUUUGCCUCUUUCUUUAAUGUUCACGUGUAUCAUUUGAGGGACCCAAAUGGUGGCCAGGCCAUCACUACAUCUUGUGUGAGUAUCAGUCCCACAGUUUAACUCUGUGCUGCGUGAAGCAUUUUAUUUUCUCUGGCCUGGAUCCUCCAAAUUGAGCUCUGUUGGAAGUUCACAAGCUCUACUGUUAAGAGAGACAGAGGGAAACUUGCCUCUGUCCACUUUUUCAAUGCCAGGGCUAAUUCUGUGCACCUCUGUUAUCUUCACACUUACCUUUUCCACACUAAGAAACCCCAAACCUUUCCUUGUACCGGAGUAACCUCUAUUCCCUCAAGAAUCCCGUUUGCCCUUUGCUGAGCCUUUUGCAGCUCUCCAAUAUCCUUUUAGAUGUGAGCUAACCAGAACUAUACUUACACAGUCUUCCCAGUGUGAUCACUUCAUAGAUUGGUAUACAGUAGUGGCAUUAUCAGCUUUAUUUUCAAUUCCUUUCCCAAUGAUCCCUAAGCAUGGGUUUUAAUGGCCAAGUUGUUCACCAGGGCCAGAUGAUUUAAGCAUAUAACUCCAUUCCUGGCCCAACUGCACUGGCUGCCAGUUGGUUUCUGGGCCCAAUUCAGAGUGAUGUUUUUGACCUAUAAAGUAGCAGUACCUCAAGGACUGCCUCUCUCCAUAUGAACUGACCUGGACCAUACAAUAAUAUUCCAAGGCCUCUCUUUGUGUGCCCCCUCCAUGAGUGGCCCAAAGGGUGACAACAUGAGAAUGGACAUUUUCUGUGGUGGCUCCCAGUUUGUGAAAUGCCUCUCCCUAGGAUGGCUCACUUGGCCGUUUCAUUACAUAUCUUCAGUGGCAAGGCCAAAACCUUCCUCUAUAACCAGGCCUUUUAGAAGUGGGUGGGAUGUUUUUAAUGUAUUUCUUGUUCCUCUUGGUUUUAAUGUAGCUAUGUGGGGUCUACUGUCUGUUUGCUUGUAAGUCACUUUUGGGUAAGCUGAUAUAAGUACAUACAUACAUACACAUUUUUCAAAGCUGCCCCAAAUCGGGCCAGCGCCGUGACCCCAAGGUAUCGUUGCUGGCCAGUUCAAACUGCAGGGACAUAGGUGUGAAAUGAAGAUACCUUCCUGCUUACUAUUCAUUCAUUCAUUCAUUCAUUCAUUCAUUCCCCACCCUUCACCCUAAGGUCCUACUUACAUUGAAUUGCAUUUAUAUUUUAAUGCCCAUUCAACUGGUUUGGAUAAAUCCUUCUGGAGCUCCUCAGAAUCCUCCCCCUCCCCUGAACAAAUUGAUAUUGUCAACAAACUUAGUUACCUGAGUGCUCAUUCCUCACUCUAGCUCAUAUAUGAACAAAUUAGACCUCUACUACUCAAAGCACAGGUUUCAAUACUGAUCAUUGGGAGGCUCUACUUCCUACAUCCCUCCAUUCAGAAAACUGUUCACUUAUUCCUACUCUUCACUUCCUGUCCUUUAAUCACUUACUGAUCCAGGUCCUGCCCUCAUGACUGCCAAGCUUACUCAGGAGUCUUGGGUGAGGUCCUUUGUCAACUAACUAUAUGCUUGUUGACACUCUCAAAGAGCUCCCAGUGAGUUAGUGAGACAGGAGCCCAGGGCAGCAAAUGUUUCUUUGAUUAAAGAGCGAAAAUCAAAUAAAAAUAUAUUUAAAACUUUUAAAACUAUUUAAAACACCUAAAAACAAUAAAAUGCAAAAAAAAAAAAAUCAAAUUGAAGAACAAAUGUAACCAAAUCAUGUGUCAGUAGGACAGCCCACUGUAACAUGUUUUCAGCACACAUCUGAAAGAGUACAUUGUUGGUGUCUGCCUAACAUCAAUAGGCAGGGAGUUCCAAAGCAGAGGUUUUGCUACCCUCAAGGAAUGACUCCUUACAAACAUGGGAUGGAUAUUGUGUGAGACUUUUAAGAUAUAUUGUCUGGUUUUUAUGGGGGAAGGCUGGAGGGUGCUGAGAAGUGGAUGGGAGAAAAGCAAGACUUCAUUCCUCUUGGCCCAGCACUUGUCUCUCCAAUGGAGAAAGAGAGAGUGUUGUUUGCUUGUCACAGAGGAAGGAGUGGAGGUGCUGAAUGUUGUCAAAAAUAUCUGCUAAGCAGAGGGGUGAAAAAGAGCCCUUCCCAAAUGUUCUAAUUAAUAAAAUAAUAAAAAUCUAGGCUUUUUAGUCUCUGUGGGAAAAUGUGGAGGUAUCCAUGUUUUCUUUUUACCUUUUCAGCCCUGCCCAAAUUUGUUAAAGCUCUUUUCAAGUGUCCUGCAGCCUGAGACUUUCUGUGCUGAGCUGCUGGGAGUUAUAGCCCAAAGCCUCUGGGGAUUGGCUGGUAUCUGCCCCUCCCUAAAAACCCCACUGUCUUCUCUGGGUGAACAGGGGACUUGUCUAUCUUCUCCCCCAAAUGUACUGCUGUGAGUAAAGCCUCUGUUUCCACUUAAGAGUAGCAGGAUCCACCCAGGGCUGCUUGGGUAAGAUUUGCUUAUCAAUGGAGCAUUUUAGUGUUAAUGUUAUUGUUUAUACUUUUUCCUCUUUUUUUUUACAAGGUAUCUCAAAGUGAGUUACAAAAUAUUAAAAUACAGAACAGCUCCCUGCUCCUACUGCCAUCCCUUCCACUGGGAUAGAGUCGGGCUUCCUCUUCUGUGUUGGUGCAUCUUUUAUGGGCACCUGCCUUUCCUCCCUCCCUCAUGAGCAUGUUUAAAAAUUAGAACUUUCAGAAGCAAUUCUACAUUUAAGAAACCACACACACCAAAUUACUGAGCUCCAGCAAAUCAAAAUCAUGAAAUUGUAUAUAAAUAUAGUCCUUCCAAUUAAUAAGAUAACGUAUAAAUAGUCCUGACAUUUUCCAGAGACUAUAUCUUAAAGGUUUCCCAUCUAUUUUCCUCCCACUCGCCUCUGGGUGUUUGCUGCCUUGUUGUUCCAGGAGAAAAGGAGGAUCCCCAGUUAACACUGCCCAUCCUUUUGCCUGCUUUCUCUGACUGUCGGCUGCAGCAUCAUGCAUGCUCCACCCUGUAUUCAAACAAGCCAGCCAUCUGUUCCUUCCAUUCUUGGCAUGUGCCCUCCCCUCCCCAGGCUGCAGCAGUGCAUAGACAAAAAGUUGUAUCUAGUCCUUCAUGAAGAUUGGUGUCUUUAAAGUACCCAGAUGGAAUAAUCCAAAGGAAAUCCAUUGGAAACGUGAGAAGACAAACAUGUUAUUUCCUUGCUUAUUUUUACUUCUUUAGAGGCAAAAUACCCCCGACAUUCCUUGACAUCCCUAUCCUUCCAAUUCCUCUGUCCAAAGUCUCUCCUCCCUGUUGCCUCCUGAGGGCUGACCCCUGCCCCUUCGUACCCAUCUUUCCAAUGCCUCUCACCCACCUAGAACAGCCCACUCCCUUCCUUCUCCUUUCAGCCAGGGUAAGAAUUGCAUUGACUUGCGGAAAACCCUGGGCAAAUUUCAGCAGAGUGUAGGUGUGUGUCUCCUGUGCCUUUGAAGCAGUCUUUGAAGUGGUGGUGGUGGAGGGGCUCCCCAAGGUCUGUCACUCUCCAGCUAACGCCAGGUUGUCUCUCUUCAUGUGUAGAUGGGCCCCCCUCCACCUGUGCAAGGUGAGAAGCUGGAGCCAAACAGCCCGGCAGCAUCAGCACAAGGAAGCUGGAAGGUAAAGUGGAAGCUCUUUUGUGCAGCCUCUUCUCUUGGAGAGACCCGGAUGGCUUUGUCCUCCUCCUGCCUCUGCCAAAUUGCUCUCUAUAGUCAAGACCAUUUGCGGCUUCCGGUUUGUGCUGUUAAUGGCCUGGAAGGAGGGGACCCUGGGGAAGAAGCUUCAGGAAAAAGCAAGAGGGGAAAUCGUAAGAUCAACAUCAACAACAAUAGUGACCAGCCUUGUGCUGGAGAGUGUUCAGUGCACUUCAAGCAUAUGAGCACACGCUUAGUUUCUCAGCCACAAGGUGCAGAGCUGAGGCUGGCAGGAAUUUGCUUUCUCGGCUUGCUUAGGAGAGCUAGCAUUGGAUCCAGGGACUUGUGCCACCAGCUGCCAUUCCAAGUUACUGCUACCUCUGCUGUGUGCUGCUAGGUCUCUGCCUCACUUGUAGAGUUGGAGAGGGCAGGGCACGUCAGGGCUUGGCCUGCACCUUUGCAAGCAUCACUAGUGCACCCACCACCUGACACUGCAUGGCUCAGGGGUGCCUAGAAACACUUGCAGUGCCUGGUGGGAAAAGUCCACCACUGUCGCUUUCAGGAAAAAAUAUUUCCGCCUGCUCUUCUGGAGCUGGUCUGCUAGCUCUGUGUUGGAGCAGUGGGCAUCUGCUUGCCUCCUAUCAAGACACCUCUUCAGGACCUGCCUUAAAGGUUGUUAUAGGGCUCCAUUGCUUGAAAGCGCUAGGCAAAUGUGAAGUGUUGUUACAAUGCCACACAAGUUUAGCUUUUGUUGCCUGCCUCAGGAAGGUUGUGCAGGACUCACCCACUUUGGGGGGCCAGUGGGCCCAUUUGGGAUGCUGAGGGAGUGCUGGGGGCACCAGGGGUGGAAUGGCUGUUGUGGGGAGGGGUGUGUGCAUGGCAUCACAUCUUGUGUGUGUGUCAUGGCUGCCACAUCUUACAGGAGAUAAGGCAGAGAAUGGUGUGAGACUGCCACUUUGGACUCUGGUAUAGGUGCCUUUUCCCCACUGAUGGAGGGAAUAGGAUGCAAGAAGGAGAGGAAAAGCACCUCCAUCAGCUACCACUGCACUUGCCCACAGGGAAAAGCUCUUUGCACCUCUCCUCAGUUGAGAACGGAGCAGAGGGAGGGUGCCCAGUCCUGGUAUCCAGUGAAAAGUGGGCAUGUUUAAGGGGGUGAAUCCAGGGUAUGAGAGGCUGAGGGGGAUAUUGUACAUUUCUGAGGGGAUAUUUUCUGAGCCCAUUCACAGGCACUGUAUGGUGUAUUGAAUGGCACACUGGCACCCCUGGGUGCCCUUUUGAUGACUCCUGCCUUAGGAUGAAGAAGUACCAGGACUAAAUAAAUAAGGGGCAGCCCAAAGGCCUCUUCUCCAGAAGAGCUGCUGUUCUGAAGUCUCAAGUGCUGUCCUUGACUUGGUGCUUUCUAUCCCUUCUAGAAAGAUAGAAGGAAUCCAUGGUCCUUUAUGGGCAGACUGCCAAGCUGGCAGUGACAUCUGUCUGUAGCUAUUGACCUACAAGGGCUGUUGCUGAGAUGUGUUCACCUGUUCAUCGCUUGGACUGGAAAUACUUUUUGGAGUGCCACUCUGAGGCUAGCAUCCCUGGCAGGAUUGCACAGGUAUUUCAGAUCAUUGCAUAGGACAGCUGCUGGGCUGGUAAAACAGCUUUAGGGCUAGACACCCAAACAUCACCCCUGGUUUGGCGUGAGGUGCUUUUUCCCUGUCCUGCCAACCUAGCAGUUCGAAAGCAUGUCAAAGUUCAAGUAGAUAAAUAGGUACCACUCCGGCAGGAAGGUAAACGGCAUUUCCGUGCACUGCUCCAGUUUGCCAGAAGCUGCUUAGUCAUGCUGGCCACAUGACCCAGAAGCUGUACGCCUGCUCCCUUGGCCAAUAAAGCAAGAUGAGCGCCACAACCCCAGAGUCGGUCACGACUGGACCUAAUGGUCAGGGGUCCCUUUACCUUUACCUUUACUUUUUCCCUGAGAAAGGAAAGCAACGCUCCUCGCUUGACUUAUGGGCAAGAGUUAGACAUGUGGUGAGAUUUGCAGAGUUUUUUUGUUCUCCACCUGUAAGACUUGGAGCCACCUUAAUGCUUGUUUGCACUUCUAAAUGCCCAGCCCCCAAUAGUGGUCCCUGGGGCUUACAGGCUCCUCUAAAAUUCAUGGGGGGGGGAGCAGAAGGAGAAGUUCCAGAGGGCAACGGAGGGAGGGAAUCUGCUUUGCUCUGGCCUGCGGCUGACCCUGGGCAGGAAGCGGCUUUCUGCUGACUAAUCCAAGGCAUCUUUGAGCCCGCUCUGGACUUGCUCAGUGGUCAGCCUUUCCCUGCACAUGCUCAUAGGAGUUUUGUUCCUAUGACUGACCCUGUGACAGGCAUCAAGACCACGCAGGUUGCUGGGCUGAUGCCUGGCUUCCAGGCUGGAUCCCAAUCCUCUGUCAGAGAUGUGUGCGCCGAUAGUCAGAAGAGAAGGGCUCCCCACCACCAGAAGUCACAGGGGCUUCUCAAGUCUGUCCUCUACUUUGUGGAUUAGCUGCCCAGGACAGCUCCUUAACAGGCAUUGGCACUGCUGUGGCCCACAGCCAGCAUCCGGUCCUCCAGGGCAAACUGGGCAACUUCCUCGGCCCCACACUUUAGCACCUGCAACCGAUGCACAGCUUUGGCAACACUUCAGUUUCUUCAUUAAGUGUAAUAUUAAAGAAAUGUACUGCAAUUUAGAUGUAGUGCAAUUUCUCAGUGUACCUGUGUCUGGAGAGGUUAUUUUCAAAGUUGACAUUUGAUGAAAGAAUUACCUGCUCUCUUUUGCAUUGCAAGAAUGCCCAGCAUUGGGAGAGGUUUGGAUUACAGUGAUUUGAUUAGGAUGUUUCUUCCGAGGCGGCUCCCAAAAGUUCAUUUCAUUACGCAGGGUGCUGGAGCAUCGACUCUUCCAUGAUUAAUUGCUGUGUCAUUAUUUAUCAGUGAACUGGCUGUCACCAAUUCCCCAUAGGUCCCUCCUAGCAUGAUAUCACACAAUAUGCUUUUUAGGCUUGUUAUUUAUUUAUUUGUUUAUUAUUUAUUUUCUCUUUCUGUUGACGUAUUCUGGUAAUGGGUGGCUUUAAUUACUCUCACAUAGAUGGGACAAAAUGUGUGUUCACUGGUCACUGCUGUCUCUUCCAAACAUUAGUUGUUUGCAAGAGCUGCAUCUGGAAGGAGGGGGUGUCUUUCUCUGGAGAAGCAGGUUGGGCUGGAAGAUGGCUGGCUCCGGGGCUGCCUGGCGAGGGCCCAUCCAUCUGCCAGAGACACUUGGCAUCUGCUCUUGGGUGUGGGAGGAAGACAAACAGCUGCCUUCAUGCUUGAAAUCAAGUUACUGUCCACAAAGCGGCUGUGUGGCCAGCUCCCAAAUUGGAUGAGGAUGGGGAUGAUGGCAGCCCCCCCCCCCCCCGCUGGAGAUGCUGGAUGGAGGAAGGCAAAAAUGGGCCAUCAAGGAGGCGUUUCAGAGCCUCCGGGGAUGUGAUGUGGGAACACUGCUUCGGGGAAAUGGUGGCACUCUUAAUCUUGAUCUGCGUGUGAUGUUCUUUCUUACCUGCCUGGCCCUGAGAGUGUCUACGAAGGGGAAGGAGGCAGUUGCCUGGAAGUGUGUGUGUGCUCGAAAGGAAGCAAGAGCUACACUCUCUCUGUUGUGGUUCUGGUGCCAGUAGAUGCGCCUGCUCAAGUAGGAGGUUGAUGUGGCCCUGGAAUUGCCCAAAGGAGCCCCAAUGCCGCAUGCCCUGCAGGUUUGGUGAUCAUUGCCCUCCCCGCAGGAGGAAGGCACCCCUCCAGUGGGCUCUUCUCCUGGGAGCUGGGCUACAGGUCCCCAAAGUGUGAAAGGGGCCUUUGGAAGGGAAGGGGUGGGCUUGUGCAUACCAGGCUCCUGCUCAUUGGAGAUGGAAAGGUGUGCAGCUCAUAGUCCCUCUCAGUAAUGCAGCUGGAAGAGUGUAAGAGAUCAAAGUUCUCUUUUUUUUAAAAGGGAUAGCUCCGCAAUUUAAAAUCCCUAAAAAUCACAUUCAUUCUAGGAUGAAAUGGAGUUCGCUUUGGCUGUCCCAAACACAUUUAUUUUGGGAUAAGCACCUUUUGGUUGUAGAAAAGGAUAGUGUACCUUUAAAGCUAAAACAUUAAUCUGCAUAUAUAUGUAACCUUGUAUGUGCCUGGCUGGCCACCCAGCCAGGAGCCAGCAUUGCCCCCGGGGAAGAGGGGAAGAGCCAGCUGCAUCUCUGGCCAGCCGCCUUGGGGUGAGAUCUGGACAAGGCAAACUCCUCCUCGCGCUUCUCCUUCCUGAGCUUCCUUUCUCUUCUCCCCCCACCCCGGGCCGUACAGGUGAAGUUUAUGACACGGCCUCAAACUGCCUGCAAUCUGGCUUUCCUUCCGUGUUCUGCUCCGCUUAUCUCUUCCAUUCCGUGUCUUGGGGCAGGGCUUGUUCCUGAUAAAGCUGCCUUUUGUGGGCAUUAGAUGAGUCUGCCCACACGCUGCGGUUAUCUGCUCAGAUAGGGAGCUGACUGAAACCUCAGCAGCGCAGCAGAGGUAGCAACAGCUUGGCCACCCCCCUUCCUAGGCAGGUCACAUCUCCUCUGCCUCUGCUGCUGCCUGGUGCUUGGAGGGAGGCUGGCCUCUCUGCGGGGGGCCUCCCCACCAGCUUUCUGCCCUUCUUUGGUUCAGAGAAAAGUGUGAUAAGUAGAGCGAUGAAGCAGGAGGUGCCACGGCCUCUUUUGCUUUGAGGAGCAGGGUGGGGAAAGGUUCCUAACCCCCAUCACAACCACCCCAGAAAAGCAGUAUCAAACCUCUGUUGGUGGUGGCAGAGGAGCUUUGGGUGCUGCCUGGUUGGCACUGACCUGUGGCCUUCUUGUUGGUUGUGCAUUGAACUCUGCACCUGAGUAGAAAUUAGUACUUCCCAUUUUCAGCACCCCGGCAUGCCCUGCAGAUACGUUGUGCUGUGCUCUGACGUGCCCAGGCUCAAAUGAAACUAUUGGGUUGUAACCCCCUGCCUCUUAUGCUCCAUUCUAAAUGAUAGUUGUGGUGUCCCCUGCAACACCCAGUGUGGUCAAAGAUGUUGCGCUUCCCUAAAUCCACCUCUGGUUUAAUUGUAUGAUGAAGUCCUUUCUUUUCUGUGUCCUGAAUCUUUCAGUACGCAGCUUAGCUGGGAUCUUGGGGUAAAGGAUAUAGACAAGAAAUCUAACUAACUAACUAACUAACUAACUAACUAACUAACUAACAGAUGGCUACGCAUUCCCAUUACUAUGAGAAAAAGGCUAUGUGUGGAUUACUCCUUACUCCCUUUCUCCACACCCUGCAUAACCACACAUCUCCUUUUUUCUAAACUAAAAAGCCCCCAAAGGCUGUAGCCUUCCCUCGGGGGAGCUGCUCUGCCAGCCCCUUCAUUUCACUCUUUUUCUGCCCCUUCCCACAUGCUCUGCAGCAUCCUUUUGAGGUGCACAAAUUCCAAAAUCUAUCAACCUGGGCUUGGUACAGAACAAAACCCAUUCAGAUUGAAACCAUUCUGAGCCCAGGGAUUUGUACAUAAUCCCAGAACUGAAUGGCACUUACAACCUUUCCACACAAAAGUCCACCCCAACGGGGCCUAACCUUAUGACUUUUAAACUCCCUGUCUCCCUUGUUAGAUUUAAUCUUUCCUUUUGCCCUUCAGUCCUGACUGCUUUUUGCUGUCUGCCGUUUUGAAGUUGUAUAAAAACUUCAAAUGGGUUGAAGGAUGAUGAGUUGCCUCCAUUGCCUGAUUAUUUUCUCCAAAUUGUGAUACCCCCCCCCUUUGCGAUUUUCUAGUCGCCUUUUGCCCAGUGGGCAGAUAGAGCGUGACCCGCCUGGCCUUCAGGAUUGCCUAGGGAGGGAGGGCCACAUUCCUCAAGUGCACCCCCCGGCCUGCUCUCCCAUGUGGCUGAUUUCCACACACUUAAUUGCAGGGCCAGCAUCACUUAAGCUAAGCUGAAGAAGCGCCAGGGUCUUGGCCACACGACAAAAAGUGUAAAAUCAGAGGAUCAAACUGAUUUAGCCAGGGAAGCAGGCUGUGCCGAAGGCGGGUGCUGCUGCUGCUCCUUUGGCCCCGAGUUGUGCAAAUCCGCCUGUGUGUGCAGCACAUUGGCUUCCCAGGCUGCCUCUUGGCCUGUCACUCAGUGUUAAUGGUUAAUGUUGCCAUAAACCCGCUGUUGAGGUUUGUAAUCUCUGGGAAGGGAAGCUAUCAGCCAGCCAUCAGAAGUGAAAAGAACAGUCUGUACCCUGCACAGGCAGGCGGUGGGUGGGGUGUUUAUGGCCCUUCCUCGCUUCCUCUUUCAGCAGGGGUGGGGGAGAGAAAGAGCAGCUACUGGCUGCUGUCCCUGGGAAAUGCAGAGAGGGGUUGUCACAAGGUCCCUUAACCUGACUCUGGGGCAGGACAAGAUGUCCUCUCACCUGACCUGCUGCCAGGUGCUCCAUCUGCACUCAUGGGGGGUUUGGGGGGGGCAAAGCAGAGGGGCAGCUCCCCUCCCUCCAAGGUACCAAAAUGAAAAAAAAGGACAGUCUUGAGUUCCACACACACACACACACACACACACUUACUUCCUUCUCAUCUCAGGGUCUCCUCAGCCCACUUCUGAGUUACUUGGCAAACAACUACCACUCUGCUCAUCCCCAUUUGCACAUGAGGGUCCCAAAAGCUCUUGGACCCCAUUCAGUAUUUGUGCUCUGUUCCUCACCAUUGUGGCCAUGGUACAAGAGUUCAGGGUGGGGAGAGAAAGGGCAGUCUUCCUCCCACAACUCCAAGCCCCUCACCUCUCACAGGAUGAUACCUGCUUUGUGUUCACCACCUGAUAUAGAUGGAGCUACAUUUGUGUGCAUACUCAGCCUUGCCUCUGUCUGCUAACUUCCCCUCCUCGCUCUCUCCCUCUGCCAAAAGGUAAGCAGCAGCAUCUCCAAACAGAGAUCUGCUUUGUUGCCCAUGGUGGCAGAGGUAGUAAGAAUAAGAAGGAUAACUGCAGUGAACCCUAAGUAUAGCUGUUCUCGUGGUGGCUGGCCCGGGGCCCUAAAGGGAAGCCCAGAAGCGGAAGCUGAGUCAGCAGCCCCCUCCCCAAUCGUGGUUCCAAGCACCUGGGAUUCAGAGAUGCACUGCCUCCAACAGUGGAGGUAAAACAUAGCUAUGAGGGAUAGUUUCCAUUGAUAGUUUUCUCCUCUAUGAAUUUCUCUAAUCUGCUUUAAAAGGCAUCCAAGUUAGUGGUCGUCACUGCUUCCCGUGGGAUAAAAUGACAUCAUUUAACUAUGUGCUGCGUGAAAAACUACUUCCUUUUGUCCAUCGUGAAUCUUCAGCAUUGCAAGAGAGGGAGGAAAACUUUUCUCUAUCCACUUUCUCCAUGCUGUGCAUCAUUUUAUAAAUUUCUGUCAUGUCUCCUCUUACUUGCCUCUUCUCUAAAUGAAAAAGUCCCAAAAGCUACAACCUUUCUUCAUAGGGGAGUCUCUUCAUCGCCAUGAUUUUGGUUGCCCUUUUCCAAACUUUUUCCCGCUGUAUGAAAUCCUUUUUGAGGAGGUGACCAGAUCAUGCACACAAUAUUUCAAAUGUGGUUGCACCAUAAAUUUGUAUAACAGCAUAAUGAUAUUGGCAGUUUUAUUUUCAGUCCCUUUCUUAAUGUUCCCCAGCAUGGAAUCUACCCUUUUCACAGCUGCCACACACUGGGUUGAGAUCUUCACCAAGGUAACCAUUAUGCAUCCCUCAGUUGGGAGAACUGUUCAUGUAUUCCUACCCUCUGCUUCCCUAAUCCUAAACCUGUAUAUGUAGAUAUGAAAUUAGGAUUUUUUUGCCCCAAUGUGCCUUACUUUACACUUGCUUGCACUAAAUUGCAUUUGUCAUUUUACCUCCCAUUCACUCACUUUUUGGAACUCUUUGCAAUCCUUUAAAAAACGAACAAAAAACCCCAAACCCUGAACAAUUUAGUAUCAUUAGCAAAUUUGGCUACCUUGCUACUCACUCCUAACGCUACACCCCUCCAUUCAGAGAACUGUUCAUUUAUUCCUGCUCUCUGCUUUCUGUCACAGGAGUACCUCUCCUUUUUAUUCCACAACUGCUUUGACUUUGUCAAAAGCUUUCCGAAUGUCCAACUCUGCGUCAAAUGGAUUUCUUGUCUAUAUGCCUGUUAACACCCACAAAGAACUUUUAAUAGGUUAGUGAGUCAGGAUUUCCCCACGCAAAGUUGUUCUCAGAAAGCCAGGAGGUCAUUGCACCUCACACACCUGUGGCUUCUGCCCACUAGGCAGAUUAGUACCAUAGUAAACAUAGGACGGUUAGCGUAAAACACUGGCAAACCCUCAAGCUGGCUUUCUGCCUGCAUUCUAGCAAUUUUGUAGUUUAUUGAACUACAGUGGUACCUCAGGUUAAGUACUUAAUUCGUUCCGGAGGUCCGUUCUUAACCUGAAACUGUUCUUAACCUGAAGCACCACUUUAGCUAAUGGGGGCCUCCUGCUGCCGCUGCGCUGCCGGAGCACGAUUUCUGUUCUCAUCCUGAAGCAAAGUUCUUAACCUGAAGCAUUAUUUCUGGGUUAGCGGAGUCUGUAACCUGAAGCGUAUGUAACCUGAGGUACCACUGUACUUUAUUAGAAGCUUAGGUUUUGCUUAGAUCAAGGAGAGGAGGAGCAGAGUAGUGUGUCCACAUUUGGCUGUUUCUCACACAUUGCAGUUUCAGGAUUUGGAAUUCUAACAGCAAAACACACUUGCAUGAUUUUGCCACACUAGUACUUUUAAUUCUUGAUUUGUUUGUGGGGAAAUGCAGUUUGCCCUGCUUCAAUUCUGAAUUAAUGAGCCCAAACAACAUACAAAUGCCUUUGGAAAUCCUGACAGUGUGGACUUCUGCCCUGCAGUAAUAGCUUAUGGAGGCCACCCAACAGCCAGCUAGGCCAGUGUGUGUGUGUGUGUGUGUGUGUGUGUGUGUCCAUCCUCCUGCGGUUUAUGCCUGGACGUCAUGACUGGGCUCCUGUGCGCAGCAGUGUCAAGGGGAGAAGUGAUGAAGGCCCAGAGCACUUCCCCUAAAAUAGGGAGCUGUGCUGAUUGGCCCUUGGGUAGGUCUGGGCUUUUGCUGGGACCCCAGCAACAUCUGAUUGUGAUGGUGAGAGGUGUGUUUGGGGUUGUGGUUUCUGGGCCCAACUUUUUAUUAACUGGCAAAGUUAAUGGAGCGGCAAUCCAGAGCAGGGAAGUGGAGGAAGCUAUUUUUAGAGCUGCCUUUUUGUGCAACAAAUCACAAGAUAAACAGGCAUUUUGUUCCCUUUUCUGUGUGUGCGCAAGGUAUAUAAACAGCAGAUCCAUGACUGAAUGAGUUGUAGAGCCAAGGUCACAUCCCCAGGUUGUGGGUGGAGUCACUUGCCAACACCUGAGCGGUGGCAGCAGAAAGGGCUGGAGAAGUGCCAAAGCUCCACCACCGCUAGCCCCUUCUCUCGCCCCCACCCCAACUGCAGCAACUGCCCUUCAUUUGUCUGCAUCCUGUACUGGGAGAAUUCCAGAUUGUGAUGGACUGCAGACCAAGCUACCGCAUCCUGGGAACGCUGACCCCUGCCGUUGUGGCAGAUUGACACAGGGGGUGACAAGAAAGGGGUAAUUUCUGCCCCCCUUCCUGUCAUGCUUGCCAUUGCCAUUGCACAAGACCGGACAUCCUGUGUCUUUCUCAAGGACAACCGUGUGUGCAAAUUAUAAAAGAAAAAAAAUUAAAAGCUGCUGUGCCGAAUGACCCAUAUGGACUGUGGAGUAAAAGGGUGGAUGUGCUGCUGCUGAAAAUGCCUCAUGCAAGGCAAUUCAAUCCCUGGCAGUGUUUUGUGUCUCUGUGCUUGUUCUAGCAUCUCCCAGCUACCUUCCUCCUCCCCGCCUUUUUUCUGAUCCUAUGGUUGCUCUGUCCCCACUGCCGCCUCUGCUGUAGCAGAGGUCACAUCUACCCUAUGCAUUUAAAAGCACAUGGUUUCCCUCAUAGAAUCCUGGGAACUGUAGUUUAAGGGUGCUGGGAAUGGUAGCUCUGUGAAGGGUGAACUACAGUUCCCAGGACUCUUUUGGGAAACCAGGUGCUUUAAACGUAUGGUGCGGUUGCAGCCUUUUGAGUUUUCAGGCAGCAUCUUCAUGGCUUGCUGACAUAACCUUUCAGUCGCGAAUUCCUGCCUCCCUCAGUGCAGAUUUAUAGAAUUUAGUUGUGCCUUUCCAAGCAUCUGAGGGCAAAGAUCCUGAUGCACCUCCACUGGAGCAUCUUUACAUUUGAACUCCCUCAAAUUACAAAGAGCCUUGGAGACCUUCCCUUUAGUGCAAAAGCCCUCAAAGUACGCACCAAUGUGCUGUGAAAGCUCUGCUGAGUGGGGCUGCGACUGAGGUACACCCUUUAAUCCAGCCUGUCAGUAACAAGGGCAGAUUUGUCCCUCUCUCUUUCCUUGGAAUCUGUCUCGGGAGGCAUUUUACUUUGAUAACGAGUUUUCCUGCUCCGCCAACCAGAGCCCAGCAUCCCUCACCACCACCUUUAAACACUUAGUUCAUGGCCCAAGUUCAUGGCAACAUUAGCCAUCUUGGCAAUAUCUGCUAAUUGGGAUAAAGCAGCUCUGAUCUGAUCCUCCAGGGGCUACAAAGUGGCUGCCAGUCUACUGUAAGCACUUUCUGUGUUUGCACAUUUCAUUAUUCAUUGACAGGAGACAAGUCCAUUUCAUGUCUUUUAGCGUCACUCAGUUUAUUCUUCCCUGAUAGUUCAGCAGAACUUGACCCAGUAUGAACCGCAGUGCUAAUUUUGGGAAUCUUUGUUUGCCUCCAGUUUUCCAUCCACUGCAUGACCUUUCCUUGGUAAUGGUGAUUUUUUGGAAUGUCAGCGAGUUUUCCAUGCUGUUCACCCUAUGGCUUAGGAACAGAAAGGCAACAUAAAAACAAGCAGCAGCAAUAAAUUAUUAUUAUUAUUAUUAUUAAUUAUUAUUAUUAUUAUUAUUAUUAGGUAAAAAGGUAAAGGACCUCUGGACGGUUAGGUCCAGUCAAAGGCAAGUAUGGGGUUGUGGUGCUCAUCUCGCUUUUCAGGCCAAGGGAGCUGGGGUUUGUCCACAAACAGCUUUCUGGGUCAUGUGGCCAGCAUGACUAAAUGCUUCUGGUGCAAUGGAACACCGUGACGGAAGCCAGAGCACAUGGAAACACUGUUUACCUUCCCGCUGCACCGGUACCUCCUUGCACUGGUAUGCUUUCGAACUGCUAGGUGGGACAGAGCAACAGGAGCUCACUCCAUCGUGCAGACUCAAACUGCUGACCUUCCGAUCGGCAAGCCCAAGAGGCUCAGUGGUUUAGAUCACAGCGCCAACCACUCCAAUAAUAUUAAUAAUAGUAAUACUGGUGGUAGUAGUAAAAAAACAGUGCAGAAGUGUGUCUGGAUUGUGCCUAUUUAAUCUUCUUGUCAUAACAAUGCUUGGAGGUAGAUCAUCUUUAUUAUUUACGUGCAGCCACUGGAGAACUGAGGCUAGGAGGUGGUCUGUUGUCCACCCUUGCCCACUCUUUCUUUUGUCAUUUUCCAGGAUGUGACACUGGCUUUGGAAAGGUGGCUGCUCAUCACUUAGACACCUUGGGACUGACCGUCUAUGCUAGUGUCCUGGAUCUGAAGAGUCCUGGCGCAGAGGAGCUUCGGCAGAGCUGCUCGUCGCGCCUGACCCUGCUGGAAAUGGACCUGACCAAAGCUGAGGACAUCCAGAGAGUCUUGCAGUUCAUCAAGGCUCAGACAGGGAGGACAGGUAACUUGAGAGUGUUGGCAAUCAAAACAGAAGCAAGGUAGGUGUAGGAUUCUCAGAGUCUCACCUUUGGGAUUUGAAACAAAACAUUCUGGGUUUCAAGGCUGGAACAUGAAAGCGGGUGGUAAGCAUAAAUCUCAGAAUCAGAUUAGAAUUUCUGAAAAAAUCUUCAGUUUGUAGGCUGUCUCAUAUUAAAAUGUAACAAUCAAACAAACAAUCUCCACACCAGCAGUUCUAGGGUACAGUCAUAUAGGGUAUUUACCUAUAUGUUUUGCACGUGCAAAAACAUUUUGAGAAAAGAUGUCGGAUGGUGGGUUUUUGCUUAAUCCAGCAGCAGCAAAAUGUCUUUGUUUGUCCACACACAUGGAAGACAAGCAGCCAGGGGAAGAGCAGCCAUUUGCUAAUUUAUUUUUAUAUAUACCACUGUAUCAUAAAAAUAGGUCACAGUGGUUUACAACAAUAUAAAACCAUGCAGCAGAACUGUAAAAAUGGAAAGUAAAACAAUUACAUACAUCAGCAAACCAGUUUCCUUCUUGGCAUGCAGGGCUCUGGGGCCUGGUGAACAACGCCGGCAUCAACACCACCCUUGCGGAUGCGGAGCUGACGCCUCUCCAUGACUUCCGCAGCUGCAUGGAGGUGAACUUCUUUGGCACUUUGGAGCUGACCCAGGGGCUGCUGCCUUUGCUGCGCUCCUCACAAGGAAGGAUCAUCACCAUCAGCAGUCCAGCAGGUAAAGGAAAGGAGAAAACCUUCCAUGGGAUCUGGUUUCGCCAAUGGGAAAGAGGGGGUGUGCCUUUGGGAGUUGGGCUGCCCUAGGAAGCUGCCUUCCCUAGGAAGUCAGGCCCAUUGAUCCAUUGAACUCAGGGCUGCCUGUAUACUGACUGGCAGAUUCCACCACUGGGGAUUGAACUUGGGACAUUCUGAGUGCAAAGCAGGUGCUCUACCAGUGACCUACAGCCCUUCCCUACUGUUUGACCCUCCUGCAGUCAAGAUGGGGGUAGAGAGUAACCCCUCCCUCCUCUCCUUCUGCAGGUAACAUGCCGUUCCCCUGUUUAUCCGGCUACGGGGCAUCCAAAGCUGCUCUCAGCCUGGUCAUGGACACUCUGCAGUAUGAACUUGCACCCUGGGGGAUCCAAGUGAGCGUCAUCCUCCCAGGGUAUUUCAAAACUGGUAAGAGAAUGACUGGGACCGCUGGCAGUGCACAGGGUGGGUGGGUGGGAUAAUGUGUCUUUUCCUUGUCCGCUGCUGAGGACUUGCUCUGUUUUGCAGGUUCCAAAGAAACUGAAAUUAUUUGGGGGGGGGGGUCCAGGCGUAGCACAGCCUGGGUGUGGGGCUUCCCUUACUCUUUAUGUGUGCAGUGAGGCUUCUAGAAUACACCCAGCCAAGAUUUCUUCCCCAGAGCUACCAAAUCCAGGGAAAGAACCAAAGGAGUCUUUAGGGAAGGGAAACAGGAAGACAGAGCCAGGAGAGGCAGCUCCUCCGGCACCUUCAUGAGUGUGGUGGAAGAGGUACCGAGUUUGGUGCCAGAGUGCAGGAUCCAUCAGUGGGAAUUUUGCACAUCACAAGGAGCUGCCAGUUCAUUCUCUUACAGAUACAUUUGCACUUGGAGGAUUGGCUUUGACCCCUCUCUCUGAAGCCCUUACUGACAACCACUUUGAGAUACUUAAUAUAAUAGUAAAUAGUCCAUAAGCAAACUAAAAUAAAAGUAAAAGAACAAAUAAAUGUCCCAUCUGCCUUGUUGCUGUAACUUGGAGAGGCCCCUCCUGGGCAUCACUUGGGGUUAACUCUCUCUCUCCUCUCAAUGCAUGAUUCCUGCUUCUUGUGUCCCAUCAACUGCUCCAAUCUGGCUCAAUUUAACUGCUAUUAUUCAUUUCAUUCGCAAGAUCCAAAUGGGAGGAGCAAGGAAACAUGAGGAAAUGCUGUCUUGUUGCUUGGCUCAUGCUGUGGUUUUGGAAAUUGUUCCAAACACUGCCCUUAUUUUUUCAAGUUUCACUUCAGUCAUAAGGACUAGAAACAUGCCUUAAGUGGAAGCUGAGAUUCUGGGGAGGCCAAAUUUUGCACUAGAUACCAAACUCCAGGAUGAAGGAAUUGUAUAAGCUACAUGGGCCUCCUCACCACCUACAAAAUAGGUUCUAAGAAAUCUCUUACUCCCCCCCCCCAACCUGUCUAUUCUUUGCAGAUGGUUCUUGUAAUCAUGCUUAUUGGAAAGAAAGGAAGGCUCAGCUGCUGGCAGCUCUAUCCCCUGAACUCCUGGAAGCCUAUGGAGAAGAAUACCUGGAAGACAUCAACAGGCAGUUUCUUGCUUCCAUGAAGUUUGCUGUGGAGGACCUCAGCUCAGUCGUGGAGAGCAUCGUGGACGGCCUCCUGUCUACCAGGCCUCUGGUGAAAUACUACCCGGGGAGAGGCCUGGGCCCCAUGUACUUCAUCCACCACUACCUGCCCCACACCGUCCGCAACCUCUUCCUCAAAGCCUUCUUCAUCAACCCAAAGUUGCCCAGAGGGCGCCAGCCAAAGCCUUGCAACAGCCCCCGGAAACAGUGAUGGGCAGCUUGGCAGAGAAAGCACCUGGGAAAGACUUCAGGGCCCAGAGUAGCUGCUUAAGGUGUUUCUACUGAAAAUGCACCAGCUCAUUUGUGUCAGUGCAGGGAGAGGACAAGCUGUGGCCAUUGCUGCUACCCAGCCAUUAAUGCCUUUUUCCUAAGUGAGCAUUAAAAUUAUAGGAAGAUGGUGGGAUUGGGACCCAUUCGCUUCAAUGAACAGAGUGCUGGAAAAGCCCUACUGAGACCAAUGAUUGUUGCAUUUGGGGAAGGGGGGAGCUACCAGUGGCAAGUGAACCCCUCUCCCCCCCCCCCAAUUCCUGGCUGGCUUUUCUCUCCCUCUUUGUGCCAAAGGAGAUGGCUGCUGCUGCUAACUGAUAGUGAAAGGGCUUCACUAUACCUCAGCUUUGUGAUAUACCUCUCUGUAAACUUCAGCUGAGCCAAUGCCAUGUCUCCUCACUGUACUGUGUCUUCUUCACUGCAAAUAGCCAAAGGCCUUUCCAGCUUCUCAGUCUGUAUGUAGCACCCCCACCCCACCCUCGGCACAAGCAUGGUAAUAUUCAUUAACAAUAGUCACCACAGCAAUCAUGAUCAAAAUCAAAGUAUUAUAAUUAAGAAUCUAUAUCAGCCAUAAUUGGUACCUAUUUGAAUCACUCAGUUCAAUCAAUAAAGUAUUUUUUGAUAUUAAAAAAAUGCACACCUAGUUUCUUAGCAGCUCUGGAAACAGUAGCCACAGAGUAAAUAAUACAAAACUGAUUAUCAAUUAAUAGCUUAAUUUUAUCCAAAAUUAAUAGCUUGUGUUUUAUCCAAAUACUGAGGCAGCAUAUGUUAACAAGGUUUUACUCCCUUGGAUCCACAUAUAAUGGGCAAAAAAUAAUGAGUUGUAAUUUUAGAUUGCCUGCAUCCAAAAAACCCCCACCCCACCCCAGUUUUCAUUGAUUUCAUUUAUUCUGCUCCACAGUCUCAGAUAUAAAGCAGAUCAGUUCACAUACAUACACACACAGAGUGGUACCUCGGAAGUCAAAUGGAGUCCAUUCCAGAAGUCCAUUUGACUUCCAAAAAGUUUGAAAACCAAGGUGUGGCUUCCGAUUGGCUGAAGGAAGCUCCUGCAGCCAAUUAGAAGCUGUGUUGGACAUUCGGGUUCCAAAGAACGUUCGCAAACCAGAACAUUCACUUCUGGGUUUGCGGCGUUUGGGAGCCAAAACGUUCAAGUCGCAAGGUGUUUGUCAACCAAGGUACGACUGUAUCCCAAGAUUUCCAAGUCUGAUUUUACUCUACAGAAUUUUAGCCCUACAGAAUGAUAGGGCUAAUAAGUCUCUACAGAGGGCAACUUCCAGGCACUUAGAAGGCCCACCAGCUGACCUCCUUUGCAACCAAAGAAUUUUAGGAGCUGACAAUUUGUCAUAAUAACUUAUAUUUUAAUAGCUGCUAGUUCUCAUUUCCAAGAACUUUUGUCAAUACCUCUAUGGAUUGGGCCAUUUAUAUUUCUGGGAUCUGUGACCAAAAACUAAUCUUAAAGGUGAACAAUUAAUGCCUAACUGCUCCAUCCUAAAAAAGAACCAAAUAUAAGCAACAUUAAAGCACAGCUUGUUUAAGAAGAGUAAUUCAAGGUUGUUUGGUCUAGAGCAAGAUGAACACCUUUCUUUCCACCAACGCAGGGAGGAAAAAAGAGGUGGCAUGCCUGCAACAAUGUUGCUUACAUAAAAACAAAAAUUGGGCCAACUUGAAACCCUGCUUUACUGUGUCUGUAUAAGGGUUCAGGCCGAACCCCAUUUACCUGAGAGUAAGCCCCACUGAAUUCAAUAGGCCUUACUUCUGAGUAGACAUGACUAGGAUUGCCACCUUACUUGUGUCAAGAUCCCAUAAUGGCCAGCCCUUACUUUUGUUGUAAUAUUACAGUGUAAUAAUAGCUGCAUAUGAGCCAAAGAAAUAUUUUGCUAAUAUUAGCUGUAGCCAAAUUGCACCAUAGCCAGAUCGAAGGUGAAGGUAAAACCUAUGAAGGAUGAAAAUAACUGCUUAUUUGGACCCUUGAGAUAAUGGGAGAUUAAAUGGUGUAAUUUGUAGCCUGGUAAGGGUUCAAAGUAUGUAGAACAGCAUGUAUGUACAAAGGGGCUUCUCUACAUGUGUUCAACUGAAGGGGCUUGGAGCCUCUGCUCAGCUGGGGGCCAUGUGAGAAUGCUGAAGGGGCCUGUGGCUGGAACUGCUUGCAGCAGCAUCCAAGUAUUCAUCAGUAGUCACUGGUGUCUGCUCAUUUGGAACAUCAACCUUAAACGUUUGGGGACAAGAGGGGGAAUCACCCAAUUUCACAAACAUGUUGCGUAUUUGUGCAAAUGAAUGCAACACAUUAUAGAACGCUGCUUGUGUGGAUCUUGUUAGUACCUCUCAUUCCUGCAGCUGACCUCAAGGAUGCUGGGUGUUUUCUUUUCUUGCUGCUGCAGCAAACCUGCUGUUCUUCUGUCCUCCAAGCCUCAUCGCCAUGCAGGAACUGAGCCAAAAAAGGCCUCCCCAAAGGGGGCCUCUCCUUGCCUCCAGAAGAGGGCAGGGACUCCCAGGCAGAUGGCCUACAAAUCUUGUCACGAAGAACAAGGUCACGAUUGUCACUUGGAAAUAAAUUAAAAUGGUUACUUCAUACUUUGGUUGUGUAUCUUGAUGUCCUGGGGGAAACUCAGUGAGUCGGGUCAUGUCAGAGAAAGUGCUUCGUUCCAGAUGGUGGCAGAGGCAGACAGUGCACAUCCAGGCAGUGUGCAGAAAACCCUGUCUCAGCUCAGGGGGGACCUGCCGCUGGCAACCUUACAUAGGUCCUGGGGCUGCAGAGUAGCAGGGGCCUCGUGCAGGCUGGAGCCAAGUGGCCAAGCCAGAUCCACCACCACCCCGGGGCUCCCUACCCCCUAGUCACACACAGCCUAUCCUUCACACAGCUGCUAUGAAACUUGUC